AAAUGGAGAAGUCACUUGAUCGUUAGUCUUGGUAUUCAUCUACUACCAACAGGAUUCUGACAGACGUUCUAAUUUUUUCAUGUUUAUGUGCAUCUUUUGCCUGUUUGUGAACAAAAUUAUGAACUAUUUGACCAUGCUAUUUUUUUCUUAAGAAAUACUAGCACUUUAAACCGAAGAGUAUUGAAUAGAUCAUUCCAAGACAAAGAGGACUAAAAGAAAUUUAGAUGUUCCUUUUCUAUUCAGUGUUCACAUUCUUUAAUUGUUGCCCCGUAUCUUCCAACUCUUUUCAUCCUAAAGCAUUUGCAAUAGCAGGUUAUUUCAGAGUUCAAAAGGAAAUGAUUUGAGAUGGUUAAGGAUGGAUUUGCAUCAAUCUCUCAUGUACAAUUAUCAUAAAAGUCUUGUAACCUUGAAAGUUGUUAGGUACUAAAUUCGGAUACCGGGUUGUUCUAUAUGGGUUGAUCCAAUCCAUUUGGGGAGAGAUACAAUUUUGAAAUAAAAUAACUUCUUUGAAGAAGUUACUAUACGAUUUAGGUUUAGUUGAGAGCAGUUUUGCUAUAGCAGUUAAUUUCUUUAUCUUUAUAAACUGAUUUUGGUCUUCUUCUUCGGAUGGGUAAGAAGGAACAACAAAAAAGAAAUUACUCUCCCUUUCUCAUUAAUCUUCUUAUUCCUUAACAGAGAAGAUUUCUCUUCUUCUUUUUGCAAAACACACAUAAAGAAAGGUAUUUAGUUGGUGGAACUAAAUUUUGUAUUCCAAGAGAAUCAAAGUUGGACUUAGGGGUAAUUUUUUGGAUUGUGAUUCUACUCUCCUACGUAGCAGGUACAUGAUUCUAAUUCCUGUUCUUAUUUUAUUUUUAUCAACAAAAGUUACCCAAUUCUUUUAAACCGUAGCUACAAUCAAUCCGACUAUCCAAUCUAAGAGGUGCUAUCAGUAGCUGGCUGGGAAGGAAGAUGGGAAAAAAGUAUACGACCAUGUGAAACGUUGUACCUGUCUGCAUACUUUGGAGAUUGCAUAAUUUGGAGUUUUUCAAUCUGUGUAGGUGAUUGUGAAGAAAUAUAUGCUCACAAGCUGGUCGACGAAAUGCUGCACAGAAUGAUUUGGACUAAAUAUCUUUAAUUUCGGAUCCAGGUUGGUUUUUAAUUGCAUAAUGGAGGACCCAAUUAGCAUAAGCAGAUCUCAUAGCAGUUCUCGGUCGAUUAAAUUGCAUGGUUUAUGUUUACUUUAAGUUUGCCUUACAUUGGCAUUGAAUAGUACGAGGAACCUUAUACCUCGAGCUAAGAUUUUGAUAGCCAGCAAAAGUGGAGUGAUGCGGUUUUAUGACAUGACAAAGCUUUCUCAAAAUUAACAAAAAUGAAGCACGUGCUAAAGCAUGUGGACUUAGUUGAUGGUAAGCUAGUCAAUGUUAAUGACCGCGCGAGAGUUUAUGACGAGAGCUUGGAACAAAAGAUGUCUACUUUUAAAUUGCUGGCUAGGACCUUUAUUGGGUGUCCGUCAAUGCAAUAAAUGAUGAAGAAGAAUGUGAUGGAAGCAUUAGCUGAUGCACAAUGCGACCAGCCCGUGUAUUUCAGUAAAGCUAGCAAGAGGGAAUCAAUUACCAUUGAUUCCCUCACAAAAGUGUCAAACUUCUUGAAUGUGUCUGCUCAACAAAGGAAGCUUGUGAGGCACUCGAUAUGUGCACAGGUCACAAAGUACCCGAUAUGGACAAGGGCACUUGAAGAGAUAUUAAAUGGGCUGAAAUCUGAGAGAGAUUUUCUAUAUCGCAACUGCCCAAGUAAAGAAAUUAAAAUGGCGCAGCAAAUAGUUACAACUAGUCAAAAGUUUUUAGAAAGUGCUACUUCCUAUGACCCUGAAUCCACUUCAUGGAUGCGCCUCUCACCUGCCAAAGGCGCGGAGUCACCCACUUCUCACAAGUGGGAAGAUGUUCUUGAAAUGUUUCUCGACCUUAUUAAUUGUUUGAGUGAAGAGACAAAAUUAACUUCGGAGGUCAAGAAGCUUGAGGUUAUGAAAGAAGGGCUUUAUCAGAUUAGGGAUGUUCUCAUAGACAAAAGCAUUGGAUGUUCUCAGGGCUUUAUCAGCUUGUAUACAUUUUUUGUAUUACAUCACCUUGUUUGCUACCUCAUUCAUGAAUUUCCUUUCUGUCUUGCAUUUAAUGUUGCUGGUCACGCUUAAAAAUAUGGAAGGAAAUUUUUGCAUGAGAUUCUUGAAAAGAAAUAACCUUAUUUAUUUGGGUUUUCAAUUUGUAUGUGGUUGACUAGUUUUGAUAAGUAUAUGAUUAAUGACUAGAGGUUGAUAAGUUAGGACUUACUUGGUACAAUUACGUAAGAUUCCCAAAAUUAAACUCUUGCAAAAAUAUUUUAAUUUUAAUUUUUCAAAAAAGGGGAAGUAACAUAUUUGGGCACUAUGUCAAAACUAUUUACAGCUCCUAGCCAAUACUAGUAUACAUUAAACAAUAAAACAGUACUCCUAUGUUGCAGUAAGUACAUUGUAAAGACAGUUCAGGAUCACCUGUAGUUCAUUUCUGAGCUGAUGAAAAUAACCAGAAGAAAAAAUGCUUAAGAUGAUAUCCCUCAGUAAAAUUGGUAUAUGCCACUGAAUACAGAGCGCACACGGUAUUCUUUAGUAAAAGGCGAAAGAAUAGUUCGCUGUGUGCUCACUGCGUGGCUGCGUCAGCUUUACAGUAGCCAGUGCAUCCCUCUUUAUAUUGUAACAAAGUCUGGAUUUACUCUUUCUUUUCGAUGUGGUACGCCCAUCACUCUUUUUUCACCUUAAGGCUUCAAAUUUUAUUUCUGUCUUCUUCUAGUUCUUCACCUUCUUCACCUGUCCUGCAGUUAAUUACUAUAUGGUUGAAAAUUUACAUGUUUUAAAAUAAAAACAACUUAUGUGGUUAUGUAUGUUUUGAAAUCUAAAAUUCCAUCCGUUCCAAUUUAUGUGAACCUGUUUGACUGGCACAAAGUUUAAGAAA